UGAGAUGAGUCAGUCUGAAAUGAGGUUCACUCAUGGAAGAGUCAGCCCCCGGUGUGUGUGCGGAUGUGGGCGUGCGUGCGGGUGUGGGUGUGUGGGUGGGUGUGAGCGUGAGGGCUAUCCAGCUGUGAGAACAGAUCCGCCCAUUCAUCGAAAGCGCCCGGGGGUCGCACAGCCUCUGACUGACCAGCCUGUCGUCCAAUGAAAGCGCGUCAGAGCGUGACUCACUUUCCUUCCUUUUCCAAUAGAAGUGCGGCGGAGAGGCGGGCUGCAGGAAGCACACUUGGUUGAAUGGUCAUAGCAGCAGCAAUCAGCUGUAAAUAUGGUAUGAUGCCACGCUCCAAACAGACACCGAUCGGACUGUCCAAGGCUGCGGGAGCGCACUUUCGCACCGGGUAGACACUCUGUGAAAUGCAGCCGUUGUACGACCGCGGAUUCGCUGUGCGUGCAGUGUGGCUGCAAAUCAAACCGAGAGUCGCUAUCUGGGGAUUUGAGCAGUGAUGGACAGCUGUUGGACAUCGAUUUCGGCGCAGAGGUUAGGGCUAAAUUGACCGUGCGGUUACACGGGCUUUAACAUGGACCAAGGAGCUGAGUUUUGUGGCUGCCAGCGGAGGAGGAGGAGGAGGACCGGCUGAGUUUUCUCCUCCGCUCCGAUCGGCGCAAGUGUGCGAGGGUUGUUAUGAUGCUUUUUGGGCAAACGUGAGGCUCCCAUCGCCGUCCAGGCUGCAAUGUGUGGUCAAAACAGAUCAAACAGUGUCAGCCCACCCGGAGUCGGUGCGCCCGGGUUAAGGGGAGGGACCGAACACAGAUCAGCUUGGGGCGAAUCUGAGUCCGUGGCCAAUGGGUGCCCAUACUCGGCUAAGUCCCCGCGCAAGAAGCUCACCCGGACAAACAGUCGGUGGAGGGAAGAGGAUGAUCUGGAACACCGGCAGCCCGGGCGAACCUCCACGACCGUCAGCAGGGUCAGCUUCAGGUCCAGGUCGGCUUGGCAGGACCAUGGCGAGGAGAGCCGAGACAACAAACGCGCGUCCCCGAAACGUCCAGACGGCGAGGUGAGACCCAAGUCUGUGGAGCUGGGUCUGGAGGAGCGGAGAUCCAAGCCGAAGACCGACGAGGACGAGGCCAUGCCCGAAGUUAACUUUUCUUUAGUGGCGUGCUGCACCAGCGUCAUGCACAUUUUCAAAUCUAAGAAAUUCCAGUCGGAAAAGUUGGAGCGCCUCUACCAGCGCUACUUCUUCCGUCUGAACCAGAGCAGUUUGACUAUGCUCAUGGCAGUGCUGGUGCUGGUCUUCACGGUCAUGCUGGGCUUCCACUGCUCCGGUGGGACAGCGAGGCCGAGCGUGACUUAUGUGGUGGUAUUUUCCGGAGCCAUCUUCCUCACACUUGUACUCAUGGUAGUCUGCAACAGGAACGGGUUUCAUCAGGACCAUAUGUGGAUUGUGUGCUAUGCGGUCAUCCUGAUGGUGUUGGUGAUCCAGGUGAUCGGAGUGCUGCUCGUGCAGCCCAGAAGUGCCUCAGAGGGGAUCUGGUGGACCGUGUUCUUCAUCCAUGUCAUCUACACUCUGCUGCCCGUCAGGAUGCGCGCCGCAGUCAUCACUGGAAUUAUUCUUUCGUCCAUCCACGUGGCUGUUUCUUGGAUGUUAAACGGCACGGACAGCUUUCUGUGGAAACAGAUAGUGUCCAAUGUGCUGAUCUUCUCCUGUACCAACAUCGUGGGAGUGUGCACGCAUUAUCCCGCUGAGGGCUCCCAGAGGCAAGCCUUCCAGGAAACAAGGGAAUGCAUCCAGGCUCGCCUCCACUCCCAGAGGGAAAACCAGCAGCAGGAACGUCUCCUGCUCUCAGUGCUACCCCGCCACGUUGCCAUGGAGAUGAAAGCUGACAUAAACGCCAAGCAGGAGGACAUGAUGUUUCACAAGAUCUACAUCCAGAAGCAUGACAACGUCAGCAUCUUAUUUGCAGACAUUGAGGGGUUCACAAGUCUGGCAUCCCAGUGCACAGCGCAGGAGCUGGUGAUGACUCUUAAUGAACUCUUUGCCCGCUUUGACAAGUUGGCAGCGGAGAACCACUGUCUGCGGAUCAAGAUCCUGGGAGACUGCUACUACUGUGUGUCUGGGCUGCCAGAGGCGAGGGCCGACCACGCACACUGCUGUGUGGAGAUGGGACUGGACAUGAUAGAGGCUAUCUCGCUGGUACGGGAGGUGACUGGGGUGAAUGUGAACAUGCGAGUGGGCAUCCACAGCGGCAGGGUACACUGUGGGGUGCUGGGACUCAGGAAGUGGCAGUUUGAUGUCUGGUCCAAUGAUGUCACACUGGCCAAUCAGAUGGAGGCUGGGGGCCAAGCUGGACGUAUCCAUAUCACUAAGGCCACUCUGAAUUAUCUGAAUGGGGACUACGAUGUGGAGGCAGGCGCAGGGGGAGAAAGAAAUGCUUACCUGAAGAAGCACAACAUAGAAACCUACCUCAUUGUUGGCUGCAGUCAGAAAAGGAAGGAGGAAAAGGCCAUGAUAGCCAAAAUGAACCGACAGAGGACGAAUUCUGUCACCCACAACAGUGGCCACUGGACCGACCGUCCGUUCUACAACCAUUUGGGCGGCAAUCAGGUCUCCAAGGAGAUGAAGAGGAUGGGAUUUGAAGACCCCAAAGACAAGCAUUUCAUUUUCAGGAACACGCAGGAAAACCUAAACCCAGAGGACGAGGUGGAUGAGUUCCUGGGCCGCGCCAUCGAUGCGCGCAGCAUUGACCGUCUGCGCUCCGAACACGUCAAGAAGUUCCUGCUCACCUUCAGAGAGCCUGACCUGGAGAGAAAGUACUCCAAACAGGUGGACUCCAGGUUUGGGGCUUAUGUGGCCUGCGCCUCCCUCGUCUUUGUCUUCAUCUGCUUCAUUCAGAUCGUCAUUGUGCCGCACUCCAGUCUGAUGAUGGGUUUCUUCAUCACCUGUCUCAUUAUCCUGAUGGCUGUCAUGUUCAUCUCAACUGUGUACUGCUGUUUUGGGCUCUUCCCAGUCCCUCUUCAGACUUUUUCUAAACGAAUAGUCCAGUCCAGACUGAACAGCACCCUGGUGGGCAUCUUCACCAUCAUCAUCGUCUUUCUCUCUGCUUUUAUCAAUAUUUUCACCUGCAGCAAUCACGAUCUGCGGAGCUGCAUCGAGGCGGAGCUGAACAUCACUCUGGACAGUGUGAGCGUCUGCCACGCCCGCCUCCUCAACUACAGCCUGGACACGCAACACAACCCCUGUGGAGACAACGGCCUCGUUUGCAGCUUCCCAGAGUACUUCUCGUCCUGUGUCCUGCUGAGUCUGCUGGCCAGCUCUGUUUUCCUGCAGAUCAGCAGCAUUGGUAAACUCUUCCUAAUGCUCUUCAUUGAGCUGCUCUACCUUCUCAUCCUGGAGGUGCCCACAGUGAGCCUCUUCGACAACCAGGACCUGCUGGUGAUGGCCAAUGCCAUCAACGUUGCGGAGCACAUGAAUGGAACAAGCUGUGUGGUGGACUCCAAGGUCCCUCUGAAGAUCAUGACCCCGGUGGUCAUCACUGUCUUCGUUCUCGCCCUCUACCUUCAUGCUCAGCAGGUGGAGUCCACGGCCAGGCUCGACUUCCUCUGGAAGCUGCAGGCCACAGAAGAGAAAGAGGAGAUGGAGGAGCUGCAGGCCUACAACCGGCGUCUGCUCCACAACAUCCUACCCAAAGAUGUGGCUGCCCACUUCCUGCAGCGUGAGCGGCGUAACGAUGAGCUCUACUAUCAGUCGUGUGAGUGCGUAGCAGUCAUGUUUGCCUCCAUCAGCAACUUCUCAGAGUUCUAUGUGGAGCUGGAGGGCAACAAUGAGGGAGUGGAGUGCCUGCGACUGCUCAACGAGAUCAUCGCUGACUUCGAUGAGAUCAUCAGUGAGGAACAGUUCCGUCAGCUGGAGAAGAUCAAGACCAUCGGCUCCACAUACAUGGCCGCCUCCGGCCUCAAUGACUCCACGUACGACAAGGUCGGGCGCUCGCACAUCCGCGCCCUAGCUGACUAUGCCAUGAGGCUGAUGGACCAAAUGAAAUACAUCAAUGAGCACUCCUUUAACAACUUCAAGAUGAAAAUAGGUCUUAACAUUGGCCCUGUGGUUGCCGGGGUGAUCGGGGCCAGGAAGCCUCAGUAUGACAUCUGGGGGAACACAGUGAAUGUGGCGAGUCGUAUGGACAGCACAGGUGUACCGGAGAAGAUCCAGGUGACGGCAGACCUGCACCAGGUACUGAGCUCCUAUAACUACACACUAGAGUACAGAGGCGUGGUCACAGUCAAAGGCAAAGGAGAGAUGAUGACCUAUUUCCUCACCAGUGGACCGCCUAGCAGUUAACCCCGACACACUGCCGUGGGGGCCUUAGCUCUGCCUUUGACAUUACGAGCAAACUUCUGAUAGCUUACGAUGGACUGAGACUGACUGAAGCGUCCCCUCUCGCCUCGCUGAUCCUUUCUUCAGCCCACUGAGGCCUCAGCGGGAAAGGAUGAGAAGAUUCACCCUAAAGCUCUGCCUGUGGAGGACAGUAUUAGUUGCGGGGAGGCCUGAAUCUGCCAUUGAGACCAAAGAUGUCCAAUCAGUGCAUAAAGACAGCUGUGUGAGUCUCAGUCCCUGAAGGAAAAAUGUUCUUGAAGAAAUUUUAUUUGCUCCAAUCUGUCAGGUUUUCUGAGGGCUUCAGACAAACCUGCAGUAAGACAUGAACUGCAUCACUUCCUCUCGUCCUCUCUGCAUCUCUCCUGCUGAAGUAUAUAUGUACAUGCAAAACGCAGACAGUUUUAUGUGUCUGUAUACAAUCUUAUGUACUGUAUGUGAAACACAUUUUGUCCCUUUUGUCGUGAUAGCGGUCUCAACUGUGGACACUCAGCCGGAACUGCAGCACUGCCCGUCCUUGUAUCAAUAGCCGAUCACGUCAAUAAUUAACAGAUGUUGAUGGAGGAGUCGCAGUAAGUUGUAUCUCAUUGGUGAACAGUGUGUCUUACAGGUAAGAGGGUCCCAGAGGCGGGUUGGAAAACGCUCCAGUGUUUACAGAAAGCUUCUCGUCAGACGUAUAAACUCACACGCUCACACUAUAGUAUCGACAGCAUAUACACACACACACAAACCGAACACUAAGAGGAUGUCAGUGAAGAGCUUUUUCUAAUCUUCAGCAUUUUGUAUUUUGACUUCAGAACACCAAACCCUAUCAGAUAUUUUAAGAUUCUAUAUUUUGUACAAUAACAUAUUAGAGAGCUGUCUAUAAACACCAAUGUGUAUUCAGAUGUACAUACUGUAUCACUCUCAUGUUGGGAUUUCAGAAGUCCUCACUGGUGAUGCCUGGUUUUAGCCACAGCUGAAGCUCCGUUAUGCCUCAGCAGAUUGAUGCCCUUGAAGGCCUGUUUUCUCUUCUCACCCGAAUUGAGCUCUGAAAACUGAGUGAGUGUGGCCUUUCAAUGAUAUACCAGAAUCCAGCAGUGGAUCAGUCUCUUGGCGCUCCGGCGUUUUCAGCCGUCCGCUCCCUUCCUACAUCGCUCCACACACACACACACACACACACACACACACACACACACACACACACUCCCACUUGCUCCUUCAGACGGUACGACCCAAUGAAUGUCCAGUGAUCUCCGAUGAGGCCUUUAAUAUGAACUCUACACUGACGAUGGUGAUGAAGCUCAUCCUGUGGACAGGGACAUACAAGCCCAUGUGGAAAUGUGCCCUUUUAUUUGCUGUUAUGUUUCUUCUCAUCAGAGCGGUUUUCUUCAGUAUUGCAGCAUUACUCAGCAUGUCAUCACAUGUACUAUCUUUAACCUGAGAGUUUCAUUCUUUUAACGUUUUUGUUUUUGCUUUUGUUCUUUUCUUAAGAGAUAUUGUUACCAAACAUCACAGCUGGUUCUGUCUGUCUUGGCUGAGUCGUAGAGUACAGAAAGCAGUAAAUGUCUGGACAGUGUCAAGUUUUUCCCUGAGGAAUAUAGUGCACUGGAGAUGAAAGCUUAAAGGAUAAGGCUGCUACUAUUUUUAUUUUUAUUUUUAUUUUUUUUUUUGAGUCUAAUGAAAAGACCAACUUGUUAAGUCCAUCUCUCAAAGUUAACUACAGCAGUUGAAUCUGAAUUGUAAUGGUUGGUUUACAAAAAAAAAAGAAAAUCAAAAGAUAAUUCAAUUUAAUAUUAAUUAUUAUAAAUAAGAAAAGAUAAUUAAAACACACGGAGCAACUGCUGGGGUUCUAAUUGGCCAGAUGCAAGUGUGUGCUUGCUGGAGUCUCGCCAAUCAGAGCUCCCGCUGCUGCUCCUCUACGGGUUGGACUUCAGUUCAGCUUUAGGUGGCUCACUGCUUACUCAUCUUUUAGUUAAACUGAUCGUUAAACAUUUAUAAUAAAUUUAUUAAAUUUGAAUUUAUUGUGGUACAGAACAGGCAGACAAUUUUAAAGAUGACAUGGCAAUUUAUAAGAUACCCAAUUUGAACCCAAUUUUCUAUUUUGUUUUACUUUGAGUUUUAUAAUGCUUAAUCAAAAUAUAUAACGUAAUAAAACAAGUCACAUAUAACAACAGCAGUAGGUUCUGAAUAUCGAUCACUUUAUUAAUUGAUUUUAAUGACGUGUUGUGAGUGUAAAGAUUCCAGGGUACAUGUUUUUGGUAAAAGUGUGGCUCAUUGACACGUUUUAAUCGUUUUUGACAACAGUGGCACAGAUGGUUUUGCUACACAGACGAUCCUUGUUGGUAGGAUCACUUCAGUUGAUGAUUUUGGUCUUUUCAUGGGAUACAGGACAAUGUAUAUCAGUACCUGCCUUUUAAACGUUUGCGGUCUUGUUUCUAGUUUUUGUCUUUAAAAAGUCAAGGAGAAACUUUGCACUCAGUCCAAAUGUUUGCUUUGAGCCUGGAUGGGAAAAAAAAAAAAAGGCCUGCACUGGUCGGGUAGUUUCUGUAUCGUUAAUGUACUGUACUGCUGCAAUCAUUAUCUUCACACACCGCUACUAAAACUUUAAGUGUCAUCCCAUUUGACUCAUUGAAUGCAGUGCCAUUCUACACCCACGUGAGCCCCUUUUUCUACUGCUUACUGUGCAGAAAUGCGCCAUUAGAAAUCACAGGGGGUUGGAGAGAAGGCACAGAUCAGAGAUGAGGGGAGCGGCUGCGAGCUGCUGCAGCAGAUCGUUAGGUUUAAGCAGUAGGAGAAGCCGGCCUCCUUUACAUUUCUACAGCUGUGAAUCCUCACAAUGAUUAUAUGACAAGGUGAGGCACCAUCUGUGCAAAAACAGCUUUUUUUUUUCUUUUUUGUUUUUUUUUUUCUUUUUUUUUGGAAACAGUCAAAUAAACUCCUGAAAUGUUUCACAGGUACAGUGAUUUCAUUUAGAUUCUUUUCUGCCUAAUCUGCAUGUUUUUUCAGCUCACUAAUGGAUUUAGAUUGAAUUCCUGUUUACUUUGUCCCGGCUCUUGUCUCAGUAUAUUUGUGGAAACCCGAUGCCCUGAGAAAGGCCCCACAGAUCCAAUUUUGGGAAAAUGCUGCAGUUUACAAUGAUAUUUUAGAGCAUGUUGUGCUUUCAACUUUACAGCAACAGUUUGAGGAAGACACUUUUCUGUUUCAACAUGCACUGUCAUGUUGAAAAGAUCCAUAAAGAAAUGGUUUAUACUUAGUACUCAUAAAGCUCAGAUGUAUCCAAACCUUUGGCUAUAUCCAGCCUAUUGGACAGAAGACCCUUUCGGUGAGAUGCAGCCCUAUCUGAAAGCUCUCAUGCAACAGUGCUUCAGAGCCCUUGGUGUGAACUGACUUCGUCCUGAGAAUCUUUUUACGUGUUCAUGUGGCUCACCAACAGAUGGCAGCAGCACUACAUCUCUUGUUUUAUACAUGGACUCUUUGUCUUCCAAGGUGAUUACUGUUUAUGUAUGAUGGAAGAGAUGGAAGCAAAAUGCUAAUCUGCUGAUCAGCACCCUGAGUGUUUCUUCAUCCAUUACAGUUUUAUUAUCUAUAUUUGUACAGAAGUCAAAUCACUGGCCAUUACGUCGAGUAGGGAUGAAAUAUGGUCUCGAUUAGUUCACUCAGUAACUCGUGCUAUGCAUUUAAGUAGCAGCACUGGGCUUGAUUUAACUUGAACAUCUUCAGAUACAAUUUAAACAUUUGAAUGGUCAGUAAUAGAAUAAAUGGCCACUGUUCUGCAGGCAGUAACCACAAUAGUGUUCGCCUGGCUUUUCUCAGGGGAAGUCGAGCACAUGUUGAAGCAAACAAAAUCCUCAGAGCAUCAGACUUAAUCAUUUUGACCUUUCAGAGCAGCUGACCUGCGAGCCCACGACUGUGUGAGCUUUGCCACAAAAACAUUAUCAACUGUGACAUUCACUUGAAGCGUGAUGAAACCAAAUUGUGCCUCAAGCAGUCUGCAAUUUACAUCUGUGGUACCCAUUAGAACCCACAUACUUCCUGCUGAGGUAGAAAAAUACAUCCCUACGCCAUUAAUUUGCAUCUAGAGGAAAAUGAUGUUGUAAUGAGGCUCCCACAAAUAAAAAUUCUAUCAAUUAUAAUCAUCAUAUUUGCAAUACCUUUUGUGUCAUUACUUGUGGGGGAAAAAUGAUGCCGUCUAAAAACUGUUUCAGCUGCCACUGAAUCAUGAGGCAAUCUGCUGCUUGUUGUUGCUGCACACACA